AUGAAGUUCUCUCACGCCAUCGCGGGCUUUGCUGCCACGGCGCAUGCCUUCGCCCCAGCCUCCACUAUCUUUGGCGACAGCAAUGACGCCGACACCGCCGCUCCUCACAAGAUUCCAACGGUCCACGAGUCUGUUGUCAUGGCGCGUCGCAUCCUCGCCCUUACCAAGCUCGCGACUCUCUCGACCGUUUUCCCAUCUGGCCACUCCAACGCGGGCCUCGAGAUCGAAGAAAAUCGCCCGGAGGGACUCGAGGGGGUGCCUAUCGGCAUGAUGGAUUAUGUAGCAGACUGCGAGGAUGAAGGCAACCCUACCAUUCUCGAGAUUAAGAUCGCCACAACGUUCAAGAACAUUCGCGCGGGCUCAAACCUUACCCUCUCCAUGAACUGGGUCCCUCCAUACCCACCCGCCAAGCGCAUCUCCCUAUUUUCGCGACUGUCCGUCUAUAUCCCCUUCCUUCCCAGCUAUGAUUACAACAGCCGUCAGGAAGAGUCGUCUUCUCCGGACACUGUUCCCUACUCUGCGGCCAACCAACCCCGGUUCGCUCUCUUUGGGUACCUCGAGCCCAUCGAAACAACACCUGUAUCAGCCCUUAAGCUUGCGGCAUGCUUCACACGCAAACACCAGGAUGCCAAGUACUGGUUGCCUGGAAACAUGAUCCACGAAAGCUCUUGGUCGCGUCUGGUCGUAACCAAGGUCUACUGGGUCGGUGGCUUUGGAGACCGAGCACGCAUCGGCUGGCUUCCUGUUGACGAUUGGAAGAGCGUCACCCGAGACGAGUGGGAGAGCAUCAAGCUUUCCGGCGAGGAGAGAGGUUGGAGCGAAUGGUCAGUCAACACUGCUGGAGAAUUGUAA